AUGUCUGGCCAGGCGUUUGCAAACGAUGCGACCGCCUCGCUCGCACAUGCAUCAGAGCCUCGCCUGGACCUGGACCUGGACCUGAACUCGGAAACCCCCUCCAUCAAUGCCACGACAUGGAGUGACCCGCCCAUCAACAGCAGCAGCAGCAGCAGCGCACCCAACCCCAUCGACCCUCUUCUGUUUGCUGACGAGGUCGAGGUGGACGUCGACGUCGCCCAGCAUGCCGUAGACGACGCAGAGUCCGCCUCGGACGACGCAGAAUCCUACGUCAGCGACCUUGACAUGUUCCCUGACCCCUCUGACGAUGAGGAGGACAUCGUAGCACCAGCACUCGCACCAGCACCCGCACCCGCCUCCGCAUCUACCCUCGCCGAAGCCCAAGCUCUCAUCUUCGCCGCGGCGACGGAGACGGAGACGGUGGCGGAUGACGCGGCAGACUCCGACGACGCCGACAUGACCAUCUACGCCGCCUCAGACCGGCCUUCCGUGGACGUCACUGAGGAUAGCGCCACGGAUGCCGACAGCCUGAUGACGGGCACUGACAACCAAUCCAUCCUCACAAUUGAUGCUUCCUCAUCACAGCAUGAUGGACGAGCCCCGUCGACGAGAACCAUCGAGACUUCGGAUCUCCAGCUCGCCUUUCAGCAGCGUUUUGGCCGCACCUAUCCAUCAAGAGACUAUAUCCUGCCUAAUGACUGGGUCAUUGGCGUCGACCUAAGCCCUAUACAACUGACUGCUGUGCCACCCAAUCUCUGGUACGAAAUCUUCGACCUGGAGCAACCCUGGCCGUGGAGGGAGCUUUACGACUUCAUCUUCUUCCGUCACAUGAACACCGCCUUUGCCGACUGGGUCGCAAUUUUUGAAAAGGCUCUCGGUCACCUCGAGCCCGGCGGCUACAUUGAACUCCAGGACAACUCCUUCCCCAUCAUGUGCGACGACGACACCAUGGCCCCCGACAGCGCCAUCGCGCGCUGGUCCACGCUCCUGAUGGAGGCCACGGAGCUCAUGGGCCGCCCCUGCGACGCCCCCUCGCGCUUCAAGCAGCUGCUCGACCUCGCCGGCUUCGAGGCCAUUGUCGAGGAGAAGACCGUCUGGCCCAUCGGACCCUGGGACGUGGACCACCCCCGCGAAAAGGAGAUUGGCAUCUGGUGUCGCGAGAACUGCCUGGAGGCGCUCGAGGCCUCGACAAUGCACCUCUUUACGCAGUUCUUGCACUGGUCCCAGGAGGACACGCGCGAUUUUUGCGACGAGGUCGAGAGGGAGAUUCGCGGGGGCAGUGUGCAUGCUUAUUUUACCGUGUAUUGCGUCUAUGGGAGGAAGCCCUACGCCUGA